CCCGGCAGCGGCGGAGGCGACGUCACAGCCCGAGCUUUCCUUUUCGGGAGUCCCCGGCACACAUCCUGUGUCCAUGUUUGGGCAUUUACGUCACGGCGGCAGGGCCGGGGCCUCCCGAAAUGGCAGUGGCCCGGGGAGUCGGAAGCCCGGAGCCCGCGCGGCCGCUGCUAUAUAAGUGGGGGGGCCGCGGAUCUGGGGAGCCCGGCUGCGCUUUGGAGAAGCGAGGAGCCGCCUCCCGAGGCCGGUCCCGGCGAGCAAGGGCGCCUCGGCCCCCCGACCCCUUUCCCAGAGGUGAGCACCUGGAGCCAACAGCCCAGGUGCUUGGGUCUGUGAGGCGCAGGGCACCCCAACUGCUGGCCUCCCCGUCACCCACGCGCCGCCAAGCCCAGCGGGCGAGGCCCCCGGCGCCCAUCAGCCGCCGCCGCGCCAUGCUCCACCUUAGCGAGUUUUCCAGCCCCGACGCGCUCUUGGUCAUGUCCACCGAGGGCUGUUGCGCGGAACCCAGCACGGAAUUGUCCCGGCUGCCCGGUAGGGACGCGCCAGCGACUGCCGGCUACCCCGGAGCAGGCGACUUCUUGAGCUGGGCUUUGAGCAGCUGCGGCGCUGGGGGGGACUUAGCCGAUUCCUGCUUCCUGGAGGGGCCUGCACCCACGCCCCCUCCUGGCCUCAGCUACAGCGGUAGCUUCUUCAUCCAAGCAGUACCCGAACACCCGCACGACCCGGAGGCUCUCUUCAACCUCAUGUCCGGCAUCCUAGGUCUGGCACCUUUCCCCAGCCCUGAGGCUGCAGCCUCCCGGUCUCCGCUGGACGCCUCUUUCCCCGCAGGCCCCGACGCCUUGCUGCCGGGUCCAGCGGACCUUUACUCCCCGGAUAUGGGCGCUGCCACCUUCCCAGAUGCGUUCUGGGAGGUCUCGCCCUCGGCAGGCGCCCCCUCACAGUGCCUGUAUGAGCCUCAGCUCUCCCCGCCUGACGUCAAGCCAGGUCUCCGGGCGCCUCCGGCCUCUCCCGCGCUGGACACUGCCUCGGCCUUCAAGGGCCCCUACGCUCCCUGGGAACUACUCUCAGCUGGAGUCCCAGGGAGCUGUGGGUCACAGGGAGGCUACCAGGCCGCCCCCGACGCCCGAUUCCCCUCCGUGGGGGCCAAGAUCGAAGACCUGCUGUCCAUCAGCUGCCCGGCGGAGCUGCCGGCCGGUCCCGCCAACAGACUCUACCCCGCGGGGUCUUACGACGCUUUCCCGCUGGCCCCGGGUGACUUGGGGGAGGUGGCGGAGGGCCUCCCGGGUCUCCUGACCCCUCCUGGUGGGGAGGGAGGGAGUCGCGGCGACGGCGGAGAGUUUCUGGCGGGCCCUCAGGCUCAGGUCUCCCCCCUGGGCCUCCGCAGCGCCGCGGCGGACUUCCCGAAAGCGCUGGUGGCAGACGUCGCUGGGAGCAGCGGCGUGCCGGAGCCUCCCGGGCCGCCGCCGCCCGCCGCGUUCCCCGCUACCAAGGCGCGGCGCAAGGGGCGCCGGGGCGGCAAGUGCAGCGCACGCUGCUUCUGCCCGCGGCCGCAUGCCAAGGCCUUUGCUUGCCCGGUGGAGAGCUGUGUGCGCAGCUUCGCGCGCUCCGACGAGCUCAACCGCCACCUGCGCAUACACACGGGCCACAAGCCCUUCCAGUGCCGCAUCUGCCUCCGCAACUUCAGCCGAAGCGACCACCUGACCACGCACGUGCGCACUCACACCGGGGAGAAGCCCUUUGCCUGCGACGUGUGCGGCCGCCGCUUCGCGCGCAGCGAUGAGAAGAAAAGGCACAGCAAGGUGCACCUCAAGCAGAAGGCUCGCGCCGAAGAGCGGCUCAAGGGCCUUGGCUUUUACUCCUUGGGCCUCUCUUUCGCCGCCCUGUGAGGGGGCAGUGGGUUUGUAGACGGAGGCGCCGCCACCGCCCGGCACGGAAGAGGCGACCCGGCCCGGCCCCCUCCCCUCUCCUCUCCCCGGCACGUCCCGGGGCGGGCCUGCCGUCCGGCUUCCAGUUCCCUUCAAGUGCCCGCCGUUCGCGCCUCGCUCAGCACCAGCUCCGUGGACAGCUCCCGCGGUCCGGGCGCUGACCCCCGCGUCAGCCCGGCUUUGAGGGGAGUCCUCUCGGGCCACCCCCUGGGUAGGCACUGCCUUGCGACUCACGACAGUCUUUUGGAACUGGCUUGGCGCACGCCCCGCGCCCCUCGUUAGACCCCCCAGAGGCAGGCUGGGGCAGCGCCGAGCCGGUCUCGCGCGGGCUUUUGUACAGCAAUGUCGUUUCCAGCAGUCAUUGGAUGUAACGUUUUGCUUUGGGGUUAUUUCCUUUUGUUGUUGUUAAUUUUUGUAAAGCAGACGCUACUCUCGAGCAGUUGACAAAACUGUUUAUUUUUGCAAUUAAAAUCAUUGUGCUAAAAGCUUACUGGAUCUGCCAUCCAGGCUUCUGACCCUUUCCCCCAGUCACUACCCCAGGAGAAUAUGUGCCAGAUGAGAAAGGAGAUACUCACGCCAAAGGAAUCAUUACGCAGCUACUGUCGGGCUGUGGCACAUAGUAGGCAUUCAAUAAACAUGUACUGAAAUAACAAA